AAAUUUUAAAAAUAAAGACUUUCUUUUUAAGUUUCGCCGGAGGGUGGGUGUCGCUACUAUAUACCCUUGCCCGCACAAGAUCUCUCACACUGGACGCGCCAUGGCCGUUUCAGGCCAGCUCCACCCAUAAAUUUACUAAAAUGCCACGCACUCUCACUCUCCCUCUCUUUGGCCACCGGCCUCAGCCUUCCGACCACUACUCCAAGUCCGAAAAGUCCAAAAAGCCCCUCCCAACUCCUCUUAACCCCUCCCGCACUCCCCUGCCCAUUCUCGUCUUUUCCAUCUUCUCGCUCUUAAUCGGCUUCGCCGGAACGAUCUUCGGCGUCUCCGUCCUCCGCCGACCCCCGCCGCUCCGUGUCUUCCGCUGUGGCCGAGUCGAAGAUACUUUCCGGGAAUUUUAUGCGCUGCCCUCUUCGCGGCUCAUCGGCGGCGGUAAUGGUGGCGGCGUCGUCGAUCGCCCGAAGCUUCUCGGCUUUGUUGGGAUUCAGACUGGCUUCUCUUCGGCCGACCGCCGAGCCGCUCUCCGGUCCACUUGGUUCCCUGCCGAUCCUGACGGGCUUCUGCGGUUGGAGCAAGCUACUGGUUUAGCUUUUAGGUUUGUCAUUGGGAGAUCAAAAGAUGUAAAGAAGAUGGCGGAACUUGAGGAAGAGGUGGAGAAGUAUAAAGAUUUUAUGCUUAUAGAUGUUGAAGAAGAAUAUAUGAAGCUUCCAUACAAAACGUUGGCAUACUUCAGAGCUGCUUUCCAACUUUUUGAGGCAGAUUAUUAUGUCAAAGCCGAUGAUGACAUUUACUUGCGUCCAGAUCGGCUUGCAACUCUUUUAGCUAAGGAGAGAACUCAUUCCCUAACUUACAUGGGAUGUAUGAAGAAAGGACCAGUGGUCACUGAUCCAAAAAUGAAAUGGUAUGAGAAAUCGGGAGAUCUGCUUGGAAAUGAAUACUUCUUGCAUGCUUAUGGUCCAUUAUAUGUUCUGUCUGCAGAGGUGGUAGCAUCACUAGUGGCUGCUAGAAAUAACAGUUUGAGAAUGUUUAGUAAUGAGGAUGUCACUAUUGGGUCAUGGAUGCUUGCCAUGAAUGUCCAUCACGAGCAUAACAAGGCAAUGUGCGAUCCUCGUUGCACACCCACAUCUAUUGCUGUCUGGGACAUCCCGAGAUGUUCAGGAUUGUGUAAACCAGCUACCAGGCUGAAGGAGCUUCACAAGAUUGAUAUGUGCUCCAAAAGUCCAACGCUGCCACCUGAUGAUAGGUAGUGCUUUUUUCUGCUCAGUUGAAACUACCUACAUGCCUGAAAGCAGCAAGAUGGGCUGGAUUUGUUGCAGAUUAAUCCCAAUGAGGCUUAAGAGGUACCUUCAGUAAACUUGAAGUUUACUUCUGUAUUCAAUUCCAUAUGGUUCUUCUUCGACUACCACUGUUGCAUUGAAAUUUUUUUCGCUUUGUCAAGAGGCAUAUGUAAAACUAGCACAUACAAGAAAGUUGGUGCAUGGUCAUUCUGCCUGCUAGAAACUCUUGAAUUUAAAAAGAUGCAGGCUUUUUUUUUCCCAACUAGGUGGUUGGUUUUGAGCUGCAGAUUUGUUUCAAGUUGUAAUUCAUGUUGUAACUAGGUGAAGAGGACAUUUUUUUGAUAGUGCCAUAAAGUGAUGAUAUACCCUUCGUGUUUUAUAUGUAAUAUAAUGAGUCUAUUCUACAUUC